CCCACGACACGACCUUUCCUCUCCAUCCCUUCGCCGGUUUUGGCAGCUGAAAAUUGCGUUUCAUUGUAAUUGCGCUAUAUAUUUCGAAUUCACACCUUUGUAUGCGAUUGCGAGGUUUUGUAGUAUAGAUUGUUCUCAGAUUGCAGUGAAAAUGUUGAGAUCUUGUGUUCUUCUGAGGAGGGUGGGAACGCCAGCCCAAGCCAAACGAUUGCUGUCGCUGUCUGCUCAGAAUGAGCAAAAAAUAGCAGUUCUGGGUGCAGCUGGUGGGAUUGGCCAGCCAUUGUCCCUCCUGCUGAAGAUGAACCCAAUGGUGAGCAACCUUGCACUUUACGAUGUCGUCAACACACCUGGUGUGGCUGCCGACCUCAGCCAUAUUGAAACUCCAGCCAAGGUUACUGGUUACCAGGGAAUGGAACAACUACAGCAGUGCCUGGAGGGAAGCCAGUUGGUGCUCAUCCCUGCUGGCAUGCCCAGGAAGCCUGGAAUGACCAGAGACGACCUGUUCAACACAAAUGCCUCAAUCGUUGCUACUCUGACUGAAGCAGCAGCCAAGUAUUGCCCAAAGGCUAUCAUGGGGAUCAUCACCAACCCGGUCAAUUCGACAGUUCCCAUCUGCUCUGAGAUCUACAAGAAAGCCGGAGUAUAUGAUCCGGCCCGCAUAUUUGGCGUCACCACCCUGGACAUCGUCCGAUCCAACACAUUCGUCUCUGAGCUGAAGGGCCUGGACGUCACUGCCACCUCGGUGCCGGUCAUUGGAGGGCACUCGGGGAUCACUAUCAUCCCACUGCUGUCUCAGACACAGCCCAAAGUAAGCUUCACUGAAGAUGAGCUGGUAAAACUAACUGAUCGUAUUCAGAACGCAGGAACAGAAGUUGUCAACGCAAAAGCAGGAGCCGGUUCGGCGACACUGUCCAUGGCAAUGGCUGCUGCCAGGUUUGCCAGUGCAGUUAUGGAAGCUCUCAACGGGAAGACAGCAAUCGUGGAGUGCGCCUUUGUCAAGUCAGACGUCACUGAGGCUAGCUACUUUGCCAACCCGGUUUUGCUUGGGCAAAGUGGUCUAGAGAAGAAUCUCGGUUUUGGCUCACUCUCCGACUACGAGACAAAACUGCUGGCAGACGCUAUGGGAGAACUCAAGGCCAACAUCGCCAAGGGUGAAGAAUUUGUGAAGAACAACUAAAGUGCACCUGUGCCAAAAGCAUCACUUCAACAGAUAAGUCCCAUGUAUCAUAAUCGCCUUGAAAGGCACUUUAACAAACUGGGUCACUGAUGUGGGAGAAUUCUUUAGUGACUUUAGCAGCCAAGGAGACCAAGUCCCAUAUAUGGGAAAACACUGGAUUCCUUCCUUUUAUCGCAUUUGGGAUAUGCGUUGACAUUCUGAAAGGCCAGUGCACUUCUCAUCUUAAACUUAUCACUGAAUCCUUUACCUCUUUGACCUGCACAAGGGAUAUCUGGUCAUAUACCGAAAACUGCAUGCAGCAAAUUGGGGGAACCAUAAUUGUUGAGGGCAAUUUUGAUCAAUACCAUUUAUUUUAAUUAAUCUUGUGAAUAAACCGUGGCAUUUACAACCCUUCCAAAUCCUUCCAGAAUGUGUGAAUUUUGGAAUUGCUUUGAGGUUGUGCAAAACAGGUGAAAGAUAAAUCCAUUGUGACUGCUCUGUAGACACAAACACAAACACGCUCAGUAGGUAUUCUGUAUUGAUGCAUUUUCUUUAUGGUCAAAUAUGCUUCUUCAAACAUCAUUUUUAUGGAAAAAGGCACAUUUUAACCUGAAUAGUCAAAUCAGUUCUUGAAUGGAAUGCCAAAUUUUAUUGCUCAAUAUUAGCCAAACUGCUGAAAGUGUAUCAAUACGGCAGUACAUUUCCUUCCCUUGUAUAACAUACCAAACUUGUUUUUUACGGUGUGAUAUUACUACAGUUUUAGGAUUUGAUAUUUUAGGAGUGUUCAUUUGCAAGUAUUUAUUAUCAGACAUGAAGCAGCAUGUUUUUUGAAGCAGAUGAUCCAAUAUUCUAUUUUCAAAUCUGAUAGCACUGUAGAAAUGGCCGACAGUAAUAUUGGGAGUGAUACAGACAGGAAGUACACAGAAAAAAUUACUUUCUGGCAGUGUGUGUGAUUUCAAUACAGCGUCAUUGCAUUGAUUAAAUACUUCAUGAGUAACCACGAUUCUACCAACAUAAAGCCUGUUUUUCCUACCUUAAAUAUUACAUAUUGCUUUAGAGUUCAGUAUGAUGUGCUUUCGUUUGUACUGAUUAGCCAUAUUGAGAUACUGAUAAUUUAUUUGACAAUAAAAUGACCCAGUUGAAGGCAUGUACAUCA